AUGCGCAACGAGCGACAAUCGGAAACUACUCAUGUAUCAUUUCUAAUCUGCACUGACGAACCAGAAUCUGUUGAUUAUUUGGCACAUCUUGAUCAAACGAUGAAGAAUGUUGAUGUGACAGAUGAUUUUAAAACAGAAAAAGCAAAUAUAUGUCGACAUCAAGGAGCGAACUUUAAAUUUUCGAAAGGUGACUACAUUGUAAAAGCUUUGGUUGGUGCAAUCGAUCAAGAAAUCGAUGGACUCAAUGAACCUAAACCAGGAAACCAAAAUCGUAGUUAA